AUUUCCAGUGCGUCAGUCAAAGCUGUUUCGCGAUACCGGGCGCACGUGUUCUCUGUUUGUCCGCUGCCCCUAGUGCCGUGCAGUCCCCCGCUGUGACCCUGUGACAGUGACAGUGCACCAGCCAGCAGCGACCCCAGUGACGAGCCACCGCCGUCGCCCGCUGCCUCCCGGGGCACUGACCGCAGAUAUCACGAGAGGAGGAGGCGGAGCGGAGUGCGGGAUGGAGUGCGGCGUGUCGGCGUACCCCGCGCCCCCCGUGCCGCCCCGCGCGGCCCCCCUGCCCGCGCACCCCGCGCUGUCGCCCACCGAGCGGUCGCCGGCCAAGUCGGGGCUGCAUGUCAACUUUAGCGACAAGGGAGAGGUGAAGGAGCGGCGCGAGAAGUUCCUGACGGCGAAGUACGGCAGCCACCAGAUGGCGCUGAUCCGCAAGCGCCUCGCCGUCGAGAUGUGGCUCUACGACGAGCUGCAGAAGCUCUACGAGACUCCUAAGGACAGCUCGAACCCCACGACGGAGGUGGAGGUGGACAUCGACGAGCUGCUGGACAUGGACAGCGACGACCACCGGAGGCGCCAUCUCGCGGAUUUACUAGUUGAUGCCAAGAAGUCCCAAAAAGAUGUAAAGAAAUUCAUCAACGAUUUGUUAGAUAAGGCAAAGACUCUGUAAGGAGCGAUGGGCGCAGGAACCAAAUAUCACGAGGCGAGAUUGUAUCCGCCAUUUUGAGUGCCACGUCAGGACAAGAUGGCCGCCGCUGGUUGGCACGUGAAGGAUUGUGCGAGCCGUCUUCACGCUCAGUUUAUUAACGAGAUUCGAUUUGUGUAGAUGGACUUAUACAUAUUUAGAUUAAUUUGAUAAUCAUUGAUAAAUAGGUAAUCUUAUGUGUGUACGUUUUUGUGUACCCUAGGCUUCGCAUUGCUGUAAACCCGAUAUGUCUCGAGAUGCGGGAUUUGUGCCGGUAUUUCUAAGUAGAAUUUCAUGAAAUUUGUUUUUUAAGUUACGAUAUUAGAUAAAGAACUGCCUAUAUUGGAGUAGUUCCAUGCCUAAUGCGUGAUGUCGAUUAUUGUAUUAUACAUAGAGCACAGACUGUGUUUGUGAUAAUCCACAUAGGGUUAUUUCAAAAGUGGCUGUCCGUAUUUACUAAAUCCAAUAGCGUAAAGUCUACAUGGACUGACGGAUGGCCGCUUGAAGAAGCCUACUAAUAGACUGGUCACAAAGAUAAUGAGCGCUUGUGUAACGCGUUACGUACGUCAAUGUUGGUAUGUGAUGUGACUUUGCUAAAGGUUUUGUGAACUAAGCUGUACUUUUUGUAUGGGAUUAUUAGUCAAUGUGUAAUUUUAAACGUAAAUAGCUAGUGCCUCGACAGGGGCCGUGUUUUAGCAGUAAAAGUUCAACUAGUUGUAAGCAUCUUUUUGAUUUAGGUAUACAUUUUACCAUUUUAUGAACCGUUUCGGAGGCGUUUCCACAAAUAUAAAUUAUCAGUUAUUCCCAGUCAACUGGGAACAAAUAUAAUGCAAUCCACAUAUCAUUGUCCAUUGAAUUCGUACUGAGGAGCACGUCUGUUCAUAAGAGUAAUGUACUUCUUAGUAUAAAAAUGUGAUGAUCGCCAAGUAAAUGGUAAGUACGGUAUUGAAAUCUCAUAAAAUCACGAAUAAUGACAACGCGUUAACAAAAUUUAUAAGCCAUAUUGCAUUAAUUGGUAGUCGAAUCGUAAUUAAUUACAUACGUAACCGAUAAUUCAAAUAGUUAUACAAUAAUACCACAGCUAUUUACGCUGUCCUAGAACAAGAAACCAUUGAUUGGUAUUUGUGAAAUGAAAUUACAACGAUGCCAUCGUAGUCUCAAGUUACAAAUUAGUAGGUACUAUAGGAAUGUGAAACAAUAUACAAAAACAUGUAAGGUUAACUGAUAGCCAAAAUAUAUAGAUGCUCAUAUCUCUAACGUAUCACGGUUUGCAUUUUCUCGAUACUGUGGUUCAGGUUAUUUUAAUUGUCACUAGUACCUUUAACCGUUGAAGCAUGGUCCUUAUUAUAUUGGUCGAUAACAUUUCGGCCUAAUUCGGUAUUACAGAUCUUUAUAAAAAUACUAAUAGUACCUACGAUUGGUGAUUUGUAUGACUAACUUGGCCGCGUCGUAAUGAAAUAGUGAAUUAAUGAAAUAAAAGUAAAAUCGUAUUGCGACGCUCCGGCGGGCGGCGACUGAGGUCAUUCUAGCUUAAGAAAAAAUAUUUCAGAGCGCUAAGACUCUUAUCUCGUUACAUCUAAUUUUUAAAGGAGUGUUUCCAAAAUGUAUAAAAGAAUAAUGUUCAUCGCGCUAAUUACAUGUUUAGGCCUGAAACAACUAUUUUCAAAAAUGAACCGAUUACGACUGUUUUGUAAGCUCGAGUGAUCCCCCGGAACUACUCGCCGCCCGUCGACAUGCACUUUUAUAAUAUACCAUUUUAAUAGAAAAAUAUCA